GCUUUCUUGGAUUGGGAACGGUGUCGUGAUUUUCCUCAUGGCCAAGCAGAGACAAACUCUGGAACCACAGGACUAUCUCACUUUCAACCUGGCCGUCUCAGAUGCCAGCAUUUCAAUCUUUGGAUACUCAAGAGGGAUUCUUGAGGUUUUUAAUGUGUUUAGAGAGGAUGGAUUUAUCAUAAAGACUAUAUGGACCUGCAAGGUGGACGGAUUCCUGAUAUUGCUCUUCGGUCUGAUCAGCAUCAAUACACUGACAGCCAUCAGUGUCAUCCGAUACAUCAAAGGAUGCCAGGCUCACCAAGCCUACAGAGUCAACAAGCGCAGUGUGGGGCUUGUCAUUGCUGCAGCCUGGCUCUGGGCUCUCUUCUGGGCUGGAGCCCCUCUGCUGGGCUGGGGCAGUUACAGAGCCCGCAAGUAUGGAACAUGUGAGAUCGACUGGACAAGGGCCGGGAUCUCUCUGUCUUACAAGUGUUAUGUCAUCGGCAUCUUCUUCUUCAACUUCUUUGUGCCAGUAAUCAUCAUGGUCUUCUCCUACGUGUCCAUCAUCCGGAUGGUCAGGUCAAGUCACAAGUCAACGCGUGGAGGAGACGUCAGCGAGCGCCAGAGACACAUGGAGCGCAGUAUUACACGGGUCUCAUUUGUGGUGUGCACGGCCUUCCUGCUCGCCUGGUCCCCCUAUGCCGUCAUCUCCAUGUGGUCCGCGUGGGGGUACCAGGUCCCUCCCCUCACCAGCGUGCUGGCCAGCCUCUUAGCCAAGUCCGCCAGCUUCUACAACCCCUUCAUAUACGUGGGCAUGAGCUCCAAGUUCCGCCAGGACCUGCGCCUCUUGUUCCGCUGCCUCCGGGCGCGGGGGCGGCAGACCCAGACGCCCGCUCUCCAGCCGCCAGCAAAGGGGGGGCAGGAGCCGGGGCCGGUCCAGCCCGAGCACGUGGAAGUCGCCAUGGAUGCGGCCGAGAAGGACCGCGAGGCCGGGCCGAAGGGCGACGACUCCACAGCGGACUCGGGUGUGGACUCUGGCAACCAUGAGAGCUUCAUAGAUGAGGGAUCCCCAGCCCAGCCCGCCUCCCCCAGGAUCGAGAGCAGCGCUCACCUCACUACGAAAGCGUUCCUGAGGAAACACAGUGACUCCGGGCGCCUCUGAUCCCGUAUAAUCCCAGUCUGUACCUAUGUAUAUAUGGUCACUGAUCCCGAUCCUUUUGUAAAGUGCAAAGUGUAAAGUUUUUAUGUUUGAUACGCUUCAGCGCUGAAUGAACACAUGGCGUUUGACAUCGAAAGAUGGAAGUUAGGUCUCGGGUGUUUUCUAGAGGAGCCCUGAAUAUCCUCGGGGAUCUGCUUUUAUCUAUCGUGUCCCCAUUCAGGGAUGCCAGUGCUGUUGUGUAUGCGGGUCGCAUGAUUUUCGCAUCCGUAUUUGUAAUGUAAGUAAAUAACUAAAGUAUAAAUAAAUCCAUAGCUUAUUUUUUGUAUAAUUCUUUCGUUUUUGAAUUGUUGGCC